GGUCCCCACUGUCCCUGUGAAGAACCUCACUGGCUCCAGUCCCGUCAACCCAGCACUGGCAGGGAUCACGGGGAUCCUCAUGAGCGCGGCCGGGCUGCCCGUGUGCCUGACCCGGCCCCCCAAGCUGGUGCUGCACCCCCCGCCUGUCAGCAAGAGCGAGAUCCAGUCCAUCCCCGGCAUCUCCCACUCCUGCCGCAAGACCACCAAGAAACAGGCCAAGAAGGGUAAAACCCCUGAGGAGGUGCUGAAGAAAUACCUGCAGAAGGUUCGGCAUCCGCCCGAUGAGGACUGCACCAUCUGCAUGGAGCGCCUCUCUGCCCCCUCUGGCUACAAGGGGCCCCAGCUGGCCGUCAAGCCUGACCUGGUGGGGAAGCUGGUCAAGUGCAGCCACGUCUUCCACCUCCACUGCCUGGUGGCCAUGUACAACAACGGCAACAAGGAUGGGAGUCUGCAGUGUCCAACCUGCAAAACCAUCUAUGGGGUGAAGACAGGGACGCAGCCUCCCGGGAAGAUGGAAUAUCACAUCAUCCCCCACGCGCUGCCCGGCCACGCCGACUGCAAAACCAUCCGCAUCAUCUACAACAUCCCCCCGGGGGUGCAGGGACCAGAGCAUCCAAACCCUGGGAAGAGCUUCACGGCCCGUGGCUUCCCCCGGCACUGCUACCUGCCAGACAGCGAGAAGGGCAGGAAGGUACUGAAGUUGCUGCUGGUGGCCUGGGACCGGCGCCUGAUCUUCGCCAUCGGGACCUCCAGCACCACGGGCGAGUCAGACACGGUGAUCUGGAACGAGAUCCACCACAAGACAGAGUUCGGCUCCAACCUCACCGGCCACGGCUACCCCGACAUCAACUACCUGGACAAUGUCCUGGCCGAGCUGGCAGCCCAGGGCAUCACCGAGGAGAGCCUGGCACAGGAGAAGGACUGAGACUGUGGCGAGGAGGCAAGGAAAGGGUUGCCUGUGCCGGCACCCACCAGGAUAAAGCUGCUGGAGAUAUCUGCCUGGGGGCUUUUCAGGGCACACCUGGAGCCCCCUGCUCCCAGUGGCAGCCACGCAGUGCCCCAGGCUGGCUGGGAAUGUGGGAGAAGGUCCUUUUGGCCGUCCCCUUCACUCCUGCAGGGCGGGAACAUCCCCAUACGCAGCUGUGGGGCUUCAGGCUGGCUUGGCCGCCCCUCUGGAUGGUGUUCUGUCCUCGCUGUCACUGUGCUGAGGGCUUGGGGAGUGCCAGGCUCCCCUCUCUCCUCAUCUGUGCCAGUCCCAGCCUGACCCAACACCCCUGCCACCCACCUGGGGCUGGCACCUGGCUUGGGGUGGGAGCUGGGGCCGCAGGAGUCCCCCUUGCUCUGCCUCGUCCCUCUGACGUUUGUCUGUCCGUUCGUUCUGUCCGGUACCUCCCCACUGGUCUCCUGUGUCUGUGGAGGCUGGGGGGCCUGGGCUGCCUCAGCUGCCCCCAGCCCUGCCCCCUGCUCCUCUUGGCUGUGUCUGAGCUGUGCCCUGCAGGGUCCCCGUGUCCCUCUGCAUGCCAGGGAGGGGCUGGUGGGUGGUAGCAAGUGUGUGGGAGGGGACAGUGACAUGCCACCCCCCGCAGUGGGUUCCUUGAACUGUUCGUAUGGGGGCGUCCCCACGUUGGAAUUUCUAUAUACCUCGUGUUUUGGGGUUUUGUCGUAUAUAUGUACAUAUAGGGGGGCAUCUGGGGAGGCAGCCUGGGAGAACGUGGUGCUGCAGCUGAGCUGGGGCUGGGCACAGUGGUGCUUGGGGUCGGGACAGGGGCUGUGGGGCCCCCCACCCCGACAGGGCUCUGCCCCACUGGAGGGCUGUCACUUGUGGGUCCCCAUGGGGCCAGGUGCAGGUGGGGUAAGAAGUGUCCCCCUUCCUGCCCUUGGGGAGGUCUGCAGGGGAAGGUGCUUGCUGAAGGGUUGGUGUGGGCUGGGCCAGGAGGGCGGUGUGGGUAGGAGAGUGUGGGUGAUGGGGGAAGUGUGUUCCAAGGCUCUGGGGGUCCCUGUCAGCCCCCUGGGUGACUGGGCCUUGGAGAGGUGGAAGGUGUCCCUGCGCAGGGCAGGGCUUAGGAAUGGGAGUCUGUGGGGUCCCUUCCAUCCCAAACCAGGGUUCACGGGGCCUCUCAGAGCCACCUGUGCCGGGUGCUGGUGGGAGGGGGGCCCAUCCUGCUGUGCAUCGUUCUGUUGUCGUUGCUGUUUUUCCUCUCCGUGGCCUGGAGGGUCCGUCACCCCCGCGGCCACCCCGCGGAGGGGCUGGGGGUCAAUAAAGCGGAUGGCAGGGGACUGUGGCGGUCCCUGCACGGCCUGGCCUCUCCGUUGUCUUCUGUCAGUCAUCUGUGUGGCCAGGCGAGCCAGGGGCGCUGUGGGCAGGGCCAGGCAUCCCGAGUCCCCCUGAUUUCCCUUUGCACCCAUCUGUGCCCAGCCGCCCUCAGCGUGGAUUGUUAUCUUCUACCUCAAGGGAGAAACCCUCUUUCCCCAGGCACACGCCCCUGUUUGGGUGGCUCUCAGCCGUGUGAUUUCUCCUCCACUGCACGCCCUGGGUUUUCCCCAGUGCAGACAAAGCCUGUCUGGAGCUAUGCAAAACCCUCUGGGCGACAGGGGGGAGGGUCCCCCACCUCCGCGGUGCCAGCCCGAUGGCUCUUACUGUGAGUAAGUCUUUCCACAACGUGACUUUUUUUCCUUUUUUUAAUGCUCUGUUGACUACACGAUGAGUUGCUGGCUGAAAUAAAACUGCUCCGUGCCUCUCUG